AUGGACUUGCCAUGGCAACCAUUGAACCAUGAGGAGCGUGAUGCGCCUCCUUGGAUUCAUCACUCGCGGCUGCAAACGCAGCAGGAGCUUUGCGCAAAGCGCUUCUUGCGCGUGGCUUCUACACCAGCGACACAUGCGACUCUGUCCCUUUGGGCAAUGGCCUUGUGGAGGUCUGGCAUCCACCCGGCCCUGGCCUGGGCUCCUCUCAUUUACCUCUCUGGGCCAGUGCUGAUGAAGCACGGUGUGCUCCGGAAACUGCAUGUUGAGCACCUGUCCGUCGUCAUCCUGGCCCUGAACAUAGUUAAUGCAUCGCACAUGGCGGCCCUCCUCGUUUUCGAGGGAUCGCUGCUGCUUUCUUCCCCGCUCUACGCGAGCCUUGUUUUGAGCCGAGUGUUGCUGGGGCUCUUCACGCAGGAGGUCCACCUGCACGUCCUCCUCAGCUCUGCAGUGACCGUCCUGGCUCUCUGCUGUUGCCUGAUGGAGUUCUCGAGCCUGCUGGCCGUCACCAGCUGCUUACUGCUGGAACUCACGGCAGUUGUGAUUCUUUCGGGCGGUCCCUGCAGCUACGAGGAGGCCAUCGUCCACCUGGCGCAGUGCCGGCUGCAGCAUCAGCUGACGCGCUCGCAGGCUUCGCAGCGCCUAGACAUUGCCAGGGAGGAGCUGAGCGGCCAGCUCUUGGCCAUUGCUACAGAAGGAAUUGCCGAGCUCACGGCCUCUGUGCAACAUGCUUCCGAGCCUGUGCUGAACAUGCUGAAGUCCUCCUGUGCCACUGGGACGAAGUCCGCCUCGGAGGCCGAGAGAAUUGGUCGCAUUGGCGAGGCACUCCAGGUCGAAGUUGCAGACCUCUUGCGCUUCAAGACCUCCACGACUUGGGAGAGGCUGCAGGAGCGUGCGAGGACACGUCUGCAACAGCUUCAGCAGGAUGCUGAAGCUCAGCAGGCCGCCUCCGACGCAAUGCUCCGUUCGGUGCAGCAGGGGAUCGGAAGGUCGCUGGCCGAGAUCCACAAGCUCGAAAUGGAGGCUGAAACUUCUAUGGCCCAGAUCGUCCAAAGUGAGGUGAACCGAGCCAUGGAAAUCGCAGAUGCUCGCAUGGAUCUUGUCCGGCAAUCUGCCCAGGCCAUGGAGCGCCGCGUCUCGGACACCGUGGAGGUGCUUCUGUCUCUGCUGAAGUACUUCCGAUCGAAAGGAAGCUAUGGUGAGCACGUGGCCACAGCACGCGCCCGGCCCCGCCAAAGCCCUGCGGAGGACGCUUCGCGGCCUCUCCCCAUGAUCUGCGAAGUCGGCAAGGCGAAAACCGCUGAGCCACAGAUCGCGGAGGAGCCGUCAGAAGCGAGCUGUUUGCCCAACCCUGCAGAGCAGUGGCUUGAGGAGGAAACUCGCCCUUUGCUCAAUGGCCGGCGUUUACUGAUUCCUCGGCGCCGGGCGGCACCUGAGGGUGGGCCAGACGAUUUGGCAAGUUCCAGCAGUGCUUCCAGCAGCAAGGAGGAGCAGAGGGAGGCUGUUUCUCAGAAGAGCAGCUUCACCGAUCCUGCCCGGGAGACUUCGCAAGGCGUACUGUAA